AUGGAGUCUCGUGGGAGAGGCUCCAGCAGACGCGAGUGUAUGACGUGCCACUUUGUGGCCUCUAGCACCGGUUUGCUGGAGGACCACAUGCGUCUAUUUCAUGGGUCACCGGCACUGUUAUGCCACUUUGAUCCCGGUCUUGUCGACGCGAACCCUAGCGAGCCCUGGCUGUGCAACUUCACCGCCGGAACACGGAAACAACUAGGGCUCCACCUGCAACAAGUGCACGGCAUGCAUGACUCCGUGGCGGUGCACAACCUGGUGUCAAUUGCACCGACAGCCGAGACUGGGCCACCAACUCGGCAUGUGUCUCUUGAAGACCUCACAGCUGCGUACACUCUACCUCUGGAAGAUGAAGCGCCUGAUGCAUCGUGGAUGCCUCGAAGUCAUGUGAAGAUGAGUGAGAAUUCUGCUAGCAAGACCCAUCCAUCUAGUCACGAUGCGACAUUCAAGGAGCCUCCUCGACCAGUCAGUAAGUCGUUCAAGGGCAGACGAGCGAAGAAGAUGCACAAGGAGCCACCUAAACCGUACCUGGACCUUUCUUUCCUAACGUCCUACCUGGAGCCCCCGCCUAGGGUACCACUACUCGAUGAAAUGUACUUGCGUGAGGGGCCGCUGCUCGAGGAGCCCUUGCAGUUGAGUCUAGUGCGGCCAGAUGCAGAGCAGCUCCAAUACUCGCACGGAAAGCACAACAGCGAUGCAACAUUCCCUCCAGCUGCAGACGAGGUGCCGACAAAGCCCCACAAGAGGCUUCACAACCAGCUGGAAAAAGAGGAGAAUCGUCAGGUCUACCCGUCAAUCACAGCGAAGAGGAUGCGGCUGGAGCUGCCGCCCGCGAUCACGAAUACUCACGCUGGCGCUGAUACGCAAGUGCGUCCGCCGUAUACAUACCGCUGGCCUCCACAGCUUGCACCAGGUGUCGCGCAGCAACAGCCUUCGCCCAUCCUCACGAGCCCGAUACGACACCCAGUGCCUUCCGCACAGCCAGCAGGAGCGGAGGCGGGCAGGGUGCUGAUCCCAUCCGUGAUCAGCCUCAUCGUGCCUCUCACCUCUGCGGAGGCCCCGCCUCAGAUGAUCUCGCUGCGCCGUCCGCCGGUGGAUACCACGACCCCACCAACUACAAGCCCAAUACAGCGAGAGCCCUCACUGAAUGACGACGUAAACGGUCGGGUGCGCGAAGAUGGACUCUUGCCUUUGCAUGCUCAUAUUUCGAUGGAGGAACCGUCGCGGGUUUUCGACGAGCGAGUCGGCGCGCUUCGGGAGGUGAAUUCAUGGGAGGCAACCGUUCAUUCCUACUCCUCCGGUGCACCUGACUGA